AUGAACGGCAUUUUUAUAAAUUUGCCUUCUUGGUAUAAAUCAGCCCUAUUCAACGAACUCUAUUUCAUCUCAGACGGUGGCACCGUUUGGCUUGAUUUGCACUACAUUAACCCUUCUUGGCCGAUGCCUGUCGACAUUCAGGAUGAUCUUGGCCUGACUGACAAUCAUCCUGAUAAGUUAUCAACCACUCAAGCAGACGCGGCCUCCCACGAGGCAUCUAGUAAUGAACAGCCUAGCUGUAGAACAUUGCACAAAAAAUAUGAAAAUUCUCCAGGAGGCAUAUCUAUGACAAAUACAUUUGGAUCUGAUCCAUUCUCUACUGAGUCCUCUGAUGCCUUCUGUCCGAAGCAUCCUUUGGAUGAAGUUCGCUCCGGUCUUCCCAACCUUUUUCUAGACCCCUGUAACCUAACGGGCAGAUAUCUCGUAUCAGCCGACUCGAACCUCGCUUCUCAGAUGAAAGCCUCCGCUAUAUUGAAACCAGCAGAGCAAGUGCGUCGUGAGACCUAUAAAUAUCGCGUCAAACUGGGCAGAGAGAUGGGCCUUUUUGGUUACCUAGAGGGUGAGUCAUAG